UCACUGGUAAAGCAAACACACUCCUAUUGUGUAUUGCUUUUAUUUUAAAGCAGAACAUUGAGAAAGUACUUUUACCCAUGUCUGUUAAGUGUGAAAAUGCCAGGGAAAAAGAUUAGGAUCUGUUAUUUUAGCAAACAAGGAAGUUAACCCCUUUAUAAGGUCAGUAAAUUCUUCGUCGUAUUUAUAUCUACGCUAGUGUUUGCGAACUGUGGUAUGAAAGAAUGAGGAAGUCCCAGAGCAAUCAUAAAAAGGGAAGCAGCUGUCAAACAGGUACAGACUCAAAGUUCAGGGGAACUGCACCUGUAUUCUAGAUUAAUUUUAAAUUUUGUCAACGAUUUUCCCUGAUCUGACUAUCAGUUAGAAUCAGUUUUUUGAAAAGGAAUCGGAUUUUCACGUAUCAAUGGAUCCUGCUUUGCUACUGAGUCAGGAGGACAGUGCUUUGAACUGUCUGUCUGGGAUGUCGACUCGAAGCUGCUCAGAGAACACCCUGAAGUUUAUCUGUGAGUUUCAGCGCGAGCCUGGUCCACCGCAGGCGCCCGGAGAUGGGGAUUACAAUAAAUCUGUGUCGGUCCUUCUACCUGCGCAGUGCAGUGUCUACCAGCUACGGCUACGCAUCUGUUUGCAGGCACAGGAACAAAACUGCCAUCCAGACCCACUUGCAGUUCUGGACCCAGAGAAAUACACUCUGCUUUACACCAGGGGGGAAGACUGGUAUGAGGCCUAUGAUGACUGCCAAGUCGUCAGGACGUUAGACAUUCCAUGGUCAUGUGACGACACCGGGCGUCUGUUGGCGCACAUAGUAGUUAAACCACUCAUGGCAGUUGAUUCGGAGGAGAAGAUGAAACAGCAGCAGUUACUGGCUUACCUGAUUGGACACAAUCUAGAGAAAGAAGCGUCUGAUAGACUUGGUGAACUCACAUUUACUCGCAGGAAACUGGCAUCUCCGAGAAGACAAGAGUUGAGGGAUCGGGAUGACAAGAUCUAUACCACAGAGCCUUGGAUAACGAGCACCCCCAUUCCAAAUGACCUACAGGACCAGCUUAACAGAAAUCUCCCUGUUAGCUUUCAUUACAUGAACAAGAUCAGCUUCAGCACACACGUGGCUUAUAGUACAACACCAAGUGUUCUACUUGACGUUUUCAGAAGGGUGAUGGCAGACCAGGGAAUUAAGUAUGACACUUCUGAUGGUCUGGUGUUGAAGGUCUCCGGGAGGGAGGAGUUUUUAUCUGGAGAAAGCCCCCUGCAUGAUUUCCUGUGGGUUCGACAGUGCUUAAAAAACAACCAGGACCUCCACCUCUCUGUUGUCCAUGUGUCGCAGCUUGUCAGUGAGACUGUCAAGUAUGCGGACUGGGCUCUUGUUGAUGGAUCCAGUGGUCAGUUCAGCUCUCAUGAUGAUAUCCGCCUCGAAGGGAAGGAUUUGGAUGACAUUUUCAUGAUUUCACUGUGGGACUGCAACAGAAGACUUCGAGUGAAAUUGCUUGGCUUUGACAUCCCAAAACUCCCAAGCAAAUCCCCUCAGUCUGUCAAUGUGAAAGCCUCCAUACUUUAUGGUAACAAGGUUCUCUCUUCAGUGUCCUCCACAUCCAAGACCUUUGCAGAUGAAGUGCUGUGGAAUGAGUGGCUGGACUUUGAUGUUCUGCUCAGGGAUCUGCCUCGUGGUGCCAAACUGGGUUUCACUAUCAUUGGUAGUGGUGGUGACAUCUCCCCUGUAACCAAAGACCCAAAGCCUUCAGUAAACAAAGACUCAAGGUCGCCUUUAGCUUCGGUCAAGGCAGCAGACCUGCAGAAAGGGAAGGGCAAGGUGCUCUACUUCGUCAAUCUUCUUCUCAUUGAUCACAGGUCCGUCCUGAGCCAGGGCCCCCACACCAUGCACAUGUGGUCCUUCCUUGACCUGGAGGAAGAGGCCAUCACCUAUCAAGCGGACAAGUUGUCCUCUGCUACCAACCCAGACAUAGCUGACUCGAUGGCUAUCAGCUUCCUUUUAGACCGCUACAGUUUCCCUGUGGUUCUGCCCACCUCCAGUCUCAGCCCGACAACAUCUGAUGUUUCCUCUAAUGAGCCCUCCAACUCACCACAAUCCACCUUAUCAAGCACAGGUUUGUCCUCUCAGAAUGGGAAACCUCGGAAGGACUCAUUGACUGACACAGUCACUCUCAGAUCCCGGUCUCCAGUCACCACUACCAGCAGGGAUUGCCUCAAAAGAUUCCGGGAGGAGAGUGUCCGCUACGCCUCGAAUCUCCCCCAUUUCUUACGCAAUGUUGACUGGAUGAAUCGCAGUGUGGUUGAAGAUGUCCACUGGCUCCUGGGAAACUGGGAUCCUAGUGAACUGGAUUUAACAGUGGCGUUAGAGCUCUUAAGCAUGGACUUUGCUGAUAUGACUGUCAGGAGACUAGCUGUCCAGAGAUUGGAGAGCCUGUCCAAUGAUGAUGUGCUAAAGUAUUUGCUUCAGCUGGUGCAG